CAGAGCACACCAGCGUAGCAGCCGUCUGUUGGCGCGUAGGGUAGGAGCACACACAGUUCGUCGUGCUCGUGCAGAUUAGUUAGCCACUUCGUUCGUCUCCAACGAACUGUAGCGGAGGUCUCAUCAUCUACCGUGAUCAUGGCGUUGGUGAGGGAGCACGGUGGGUACGGCGGCUUCGACGGCGCCGAUGCCUUCGACGCGCUCGGGUACGGCCACGACGCGAUGCUGGGCUUCGACGCGGCGUCGCUGUUCGGGGGAGGCGGAGGAUCAUACGCCGCCGCCGGCGCGGGCUGCGUGGCGGCUGACGGCGGGAACGUCGUCUGGCCGACGGGCGCGCGGGCGGCGGCGUCCGUCCUCGCGUUCGACCGCGCCACCGCGGCGGCGGCGGUGUCGGGGGAGGAGGAGGACGACGACGAGGAGUGCGACGCGUGGAUCGACGCCACGGACCAGAGCUACGGCGACGCCGCGGCGCCAGAGGCGAGCCACGCGCGCACCCCGACGGUGUCGGUGGGCUUCGACGCGUCCACAGGGUGCUUCACCCUGACGGAGCGAGCAGCAUCGUCGGGCGGCGCGGGGCGGGCGUUCGGGCUGCUUUUCCCGAGCACGGCGGCGGCGCCGGCGCGCGCCUCGCAGAAGCGGACGUACGUGGGUGUGGAGCCGCCAGCCGCCGUGAGCCCCAACAAGAAGCACUGCGGCGCGGACAGGAAGGCCACCAGCAGGGCCAAGUCGGCGCCCACCAUCCCAACCAAGGAUCCCCAGAGCCUCGCUGCCAAGAAUCGGCGGGAGCGGAUCAGCGAGCGGCUGCGGACGCUGCAGGAGCUGGUGCCCAACGGCACCAAGGUCGACCUGGUCACCAUGCUGGAGAAGGCCAUCAGCUACGUCAAAUUCCUCCAGCUGCAAGUCAAGGUUCUUGCAACAGACGAGUUCUGGCCGGCGCAGGGAGGAAAGGCGCCGGAGAUCUCCCAAGUCAGGGAGGCGCUCGACGCCAUCUUGUCGUCGGCGUCGCAGAGGGAACAACUGAAUUAGCUUCAAGAGGAUGAAGAAAUAGUUCUAGAUCAACACUCGUAUAUGUAUUAGUAAUAACGAACCAUCUCGUUCGAAAGACAAAUUAGGAGGCAAAUGCAUAAGCAAUAGCUUCGAUCUUUGUUCUCUUUCCCAAGUGAUGAUUAGCACUCCACUAUAUAUAUCUGUAUCCCUAUUUAGGGGGAAUAUAUAGCACCUCAUGUAGAGGAGGGGUUUAGUAAUAAAAGACUAGGGACAUGAAUAAAUAAGAUCUAGAUGACUCCAAAUAGAGCACCAACAUGUGUAUU